AUGGCUAUCGACAAUCUUGCCACCAUCGAUGCUUCAAAGGAGAACUGGUCUAUUGUUAGAAAGGGUUGUAAGAUUCAUUCUUCGGUUAGGAAGACUCUUAUAUACCGAUUCCAAUCUUUGCUAAGUGAAGAACAUGUAUAUCAGAUUUCGUCCUUUGGUGUUGGUGAAAGCGGUCGUGAUUUCCGUCCAACCUCGUAUCCAUUCAAGAUUAACUUUGAUAUUCAUACAUUUGUGCGCUUGGUUCCCAACAAGUCUAUCAACUUAAGCCCUUACAAUUUUGUGCCAAUAUCUGAUAUAAUGUUUGAGGACCUUGAUACGUCUUUUCUUAUAGAUGUGAUUGGAAUUCUCACUGGUGCAAGUGGUGAACAAGAGUUUGAGAAAGAUGGUACAAAGCAGAAAAUAAUUACUAUUAAACUUGAACAAGAUGGAUUGGAUAUCGGGAAGCAAGUUGGAAAUAUAACAAACACCCAGUGUACCCAGGGUGCUAGGAAUGCCCAAGAGUCAUUGGCAAAAUCUGAGGAGGAUUUUGAUCACUCCUUUCGAAUGGGUUUGGAUUUUGAUGAGGUGUGA